GCGUAAUAAAAUAUUAAAUAAAUAUUAUAUGGUUUUGAAAGUAAGAAACUUAUAAAAGUUUCUGUCAUUUUGCACGACUUUCGUGAAACUUAAUAUGGAAACCAACCUUUAAUAGUGUAGUUACGAGAACUUAUUGUGAUUGGUUAAAUGACUUUGUUAUGAUAAUAUUUAUAAGUAUUUAUUUGUGUACUUAUAAUACCAAUAACACAGUUCUGCUGUUAAAAUUAAAUGAACUUGUUUGAUUUUUCUGUAACAAUGGUAAUCAUAUUUAAAAAAUGUGCUGAAUCGUGCUCAAUAACUAAUAAUUAAAUUUUGCUUCUACAAUGACUUUAAAUCAAAUAUAAAAUAUUUCUUAUUACUGAUCAAAAAUUUCGAAAUGUCUGAAAUAGUUGAUUGUAUUGCUUUUAUUAUCAGAAAAAUAUUCUGGUCAAUGGCAAUUUUUGUACGUUUCAUAGUCUUAAGGUUACUUGAUUUACUUGGAUUGAUACUGUGUUUACUAGCAUGUUGCACAGUGUUUAGACUUCCAUAUAUGAUUGCUCAAUUAAAAGAUUUGUCUAGUUUUUGGGAAUGGAGACUCAUGGGUCUAAUUCAACUGCUAAUAUUUCUCAUUGAUGUCCCAGUUUUUAUAAUGGGUGUAGUUAUAUGUCUAACUCUUAUAAGAGUCGUUCCUUGUGCAAAAGAACUUGCAUCAUAUUGGAAAUUUCAAUGGAAACAUUAUGGUGUGUAUUUUAUUGGCUUUGAACCUUAUGGUGUUGUUGUGAAGCAUUUUUUCAUUCUUUUUAUUGAUGGAUUUUGUGUACCCUCAGCCAUUAUUUGUUUGCUUUCAUGGAGAAGUGUUAUAUUUAUAAAAAAAGUUCUUGAGGCCAAAAGUGAAUGGAAAAAACGAAAAACAUGUUUUGUAGAGUUUCUGCAAGUAUUAAUAGAUAUUCCUUUAUUAUUAUGUUUUAUUCCUGUAAUUGUUUCAUGGAGGUUACCUUUUUUAAUUGCACAAAUAAAGAUAAAAAUAAGUAAAGGAAAAAGCUGGAAUAAAAUAAGAUUUUCCGGAAUUUAUCAGUUUUAUUUCUUAAUGCUGGAUGUUCCUUGUUUAAUUGUAAUGUUAUUAACUAUUGUAACAUGGAGAUUUCCAAUAUUAUUAAGGAAGUUGUCUAAAAGAUUAUCUAAAAGAGGUAGCAUUUAUGAUGAGAAUGUUCUAUCUAAAAUACGGAAAACACUUAUUCUACAGUUUUUAUAUAUAUUCAUAGACAUUCCGUGUAUUAUUGCAGCUGGGUUUGUGUUUGGUACAGUUAUCCAUGCAAAAAGCCUGUUUGAUAGAACUAAAAAUAUAUCAUCAUCAUCACAAUCAAAUAAAAGUUUUACAAAAAAAGAGUUUUUAUUAAGACAAGCAUGUAUUUAUGAGUUUUGUAUGGUUUUUGUUGAUUUGAUAUGUGCUUUUUUAAUGGUAAUUGUUUGCUUAAGCAUUUGGAGAUCAUACCCAUUAUUUAAAGAUAUAAAAAAAAUAUAUCUCAAGUUGUGUGAAAAUUCUAUAAACACAAAAGAAAAUAAAGAAAGUAAACUAGCAAUGAAUGAUGAAAUUUUAAAUGAGUUGUCAGAUUUAAGUAAAACUGUCCCAAGUCAUAGAGAAAAAGAGACAGAAAAGCUUAAAGAUGAGAACAAUGAAAUUAAAAAUAAUAAAAAAAGUUUACCUCAGUCAAAGUUAAUUUGGAAGCUUAGAAAGACAAUUGUAGUACAUUUUUUAAUGCUCAUAGUGGACAUUCCUGCAAUUCCACUUUGUUUGUUUUUGCUCUUGACAUUUUUGAGAACAUCUAAAGUUGUUUCAUCACUUAUUUCUGGACCAUUUUUUCUUGUAUUUUCUGUAACAGUAUACUUCCAGACUUUUCGUUUUUUUGUAGAUUUGUUUUUUAUUCUGCUUUUUUUUAUUUUAAUAUUUCUAAGACCUAUACAAGCAUGGGUUCAAAUUCUUGAAGAUGAGGACCAUAAAAAAUAUAGAUUAACUUGUGAGUUUGUACAAUGGAUUCCUGAUAUUAUCUAUAAAAGAAACAUAGCUUAUAACUUAACAAAUGAAAUUCUUUUAUUAUCAAUAAAAGAAGACUCAGGCGAUACCAAAUUAAAGGCUGCUUUAAUCUCUCAAAUGCAUCUAUAUAUUGAAUCAAUAGAAAAACUUUUGACAAAGUUUACAAAUAAUGAUAUUGAAGAUGAAGUUAAGUAUCUGUUAGAGUGUCUUCAUGUGAUGGAAAAAAAACGUGUCCAAAAAUUAGUUAGAAAAUUUAAUUUUGAAAAAAAUUUUAUGAUUAGACCUAAUGCUGAAGUCUAUACUAACAAUAGAUUAAAAUGGGAUAGUGAAAUGGAAAAAUAUGAAAAAGAAGUUGAGUAUUAUUUUCAAUUACUAAUUAAAUACAAGCCCCAAAAAAUACCCUUGUAUGAAUCUAAAUGUGGGCUAUUUGUCAGAAGUAAAAAGGAAACACGAAAUGUUCUGAUUGGAUGUUUACCAAGAGGAAGAUUUUUAGUAAUUUUGGGAACCUUGUUGUGCUGUUUGCCUUUAUAUCGCGCUCCUUCUCUAUUAAAGAAGCUAUUUAUAAGAUGGUAUGAUCGUGUUGACAUCGUGGUAUGCACAAUAAAAGAAUAUUUAUACGAUCUGGUGACAAUAUUAAAAAUGUUAUUUGUUAUAUUAUGUGUUUACCGUGCACCUUUUAUGCUCAUUGAAGUACUAGAUUGUAUUAUUGAAAAGAAGAGUUGGAAGUCAGUUAGAGAAGCUGUGAAAAAAUACCCUCCACAGGUUUUUAAAGACUUAGUUAGUGCAGUUUUAUUUAUUUUUAGUUGGAAUACUCCACGUUUCAUAAUAAGCACAUUGCUUUUUGGUUUAUUUAUGCCUGCUGAUAUAAUACUUGGAGUUGUUAAAAAGCUUGUUUCCCAAAAGUGUUUUGCAUACUUAUUAACUAUUAUUAUGUAUGCAGUCUUUAUGUGCUUUCCAAUAGUAUUGACAUUGUAUGUUACACAAUUUCUUUUAGACAAAGGCAUGGGAGUACUUGUUAUUAUUGUUUUUUGUGUCUUUUUGUUUUUAUUGCUAGUUAUUUUAUUGAUUAUGGUUACAAUAUUAGCAAAAGAUAACAAUAAAAGGUUUUUGGUUGAAAUGCCUUCAUGUGAUUAUGUUCGUUUUUGCUGGUUUAAUAUUCAUGUGGUUCUUUUUGAAAUUAUAGAGCUGUUACAAUCAGCGGCUUUAGUGUUCAAAAUUACUUUUAUUCCAAUGUAUGGGGCUACAGUAAUGCAAACUGCUUCAAGUUAUUUGCUGUUAGGAUUUAUUUCAUUCAAAGCAGCCUUUUGGGUGACUUUGUCGUUAUUUAUAUGUUGGUUUUUUAUAUGUAGUGCACCUAUUAUUUUUGAGAAUAUUCUUAAAAUAUUUCCUGUUGGAACAUGUGGGAAAAAAACAAGUUGGAGAUUACUUGUUUCAUUAUUUGCGAAUACACUUUUUGUUACUGUUGUCGAAAAUUUUGCUUCAUGUUCUGCAUGUAGUUAUACCAUAUGCCCAUACAAUGUAUCAAUGAAUACUACAUGUAUAGUUUCAAGACAUGUUCAAGAUAGUUCAAUUAUUUGCUGGAGUGCAUCUCAUAGCAGCUAUGCAGCUUUUGGUUUAACUGCUAUGAUAUGGUUUAUGAUAACUUCGAUUGUUUUUGGUGUUGAGUAUGGUGAUCCUGAAGCAACUGAACAGGACAUAGGUUUCUCACCUAUAUAUAAUUCAAUUGUAAAUAUUUUUAAGGCAGCUUGCAUUUUUGCAACCACUUUUAUCACUCAUAAUAAUUAUGCUGUGCUUGGAGUUUUGUUGUUUUGUAACUUUUCACUUGUAAUAUAUACAGGUUUCUUCAAAAAGUUGUUUAAUCAUGAUGCUUGUAACUUACCUAGCUUUUUAGUUUGGCGUAUCUUUAGUUUUGUUUCAUCUAUGGUUGUAACUGUUGCUGUCUUUGUCGCUGUUAAACUUAAUAAUCCGACAUCAAAAAUUCCACUUAUAAUUAUUGGCUCAGGCAUUUUAGUUUCUUUACUUGUAAGUAUAGCUUUUUCUUUAAAGCUCAGACAAAUGAGUGAUAUAUGUAAAGAUCGUGAAGAGUUUAGAGUAGCCAUUGUUUGUCUCAAAAAGAAAUUGGAAGAAAACAAUUGGUUGAUUCAAAAAUGGAAAAAACAAAAUACCAUAUGGUUAAGACUUGUUAAAUCAGUUCGAGAAGCUAAAAAGGGAGACAAAAACGUUACUCCUGAAAGUUGGAACAUUAUGUCGCAACAGCCUUAUUCAACAAAUAUAGUUGUGCCCUCUAGUACUCCGAAAAAUCCUUUUCAAAAUGACUCUUUGAAUGUUUCAGUUGAUACUUCAGGCUUUUCUACUGAAAAUUGCCAAGAAACUAUUUCAUUAAAUCAGAACGAAUUGCCGUUUGACUAUGGAUCACUUAAUGCAGAAAAUGAAUCUAAUAUGCCUCCCCCUCCUUCUUAUGAUGCUAUAGAUAAUAAUCCGGCUCCUCCGAGUUAUGAUUUUUCUAUUACCAACUAUGAUUCUAUUGAGCAAAAUGAACUUUUUGAAGACAACAUGGUUCGAUUACAAAAAAAUGGUCGCAAUUUACUUUUAAUUUUGGAAAAACACAUAGUUUAUUCUGCUUUUAAGUUUUCUUUUAUUUCUCAACGAAGUCUUUGGUUGAAUGCAGUUUGCAAUAGUAACUGGACUGGUCUUUUGCAUUGUCUUCAAAUAUUAACUAGUAAUGUUGAUGGUUCAUUUUAUAGACCAAGCCCACUAGAUAUAUCUUUAAGUCCUACUUCCCUAGAAACUGAUUUACUAGAGGAUGAAAUAGUAGAAGGUGAAAUGCCAAAGAUGUACAUUAAACCUACCAAAAAAAUGCUGGAACAGCUUUCUAACGAUUUACGCAUUAAAGCCAUUCAAAAUAUAUCUGAGCUAGAACCUCAAGGCGAUAAGUGGCGCCAACUUUUUGAAAUACUUUUACCAACUAUAUCUGUUAUUAAAGAAUGGAAAUAUGAACCUGGACAUCCGUUUACGCUUAUUUUAAAUAAGCCUGCAACUGGUAAAAUAGUUGAAAUUGGUGAGGGUGGCAAUAAAUUAGCAAUAGGUGCCACCGUUACUAUUAAUAAGAAAUUAAUUGGAACAAUAAAUAAUGAAACUCUAACCUUCAAUCCUGGUAAUGAGCUAGUUGGUAAGAAAGGACCAGUUGCUGUUCGUGUCAAAACAAUAGUAUUACUUCAAAAGAAUAGUUGCUGGUAUAUCGAGGCAAAUGGGAAAAAGGUUAAAUUUGAUGUUGCUAUAGCAUCGUGCAAAAAAGUUGAAUGGUCUUGAAUUCAUAAGUGCAUCUUGUGUAAAUUGAGUGUAAAAUGUUUGUAGCUAGUUUUUUUAAUUAAGCAAUUUUUAUUUUUUUAAAUACUUAUAAUUAUGUAUUUUAUAACUAUUUGUAAAAUAAUAUUUAAAAUAUUUAUGUCUUUACACU